AAAAGACAUUCCGUUUUUUUUAAUUUAACAGAAUAUAAGAAAUUACCGGGAAAUUUUUAGCGCUGAAUACGUUUGGGAAAUUCUGCUAUCCUGCCGCGGGCCCCGAGGUGAUUCAGUGUUCAGAAUCGAUAGCUACUUCCUGAUACAAAGAACAUCAUUUGUAGUUUAUAAGUUACUAAAUGUUGCAAAAAUGGUUAUUAAAUUGUAUACAACUUCGGUGACAACAAAUAGAGAGAUUUUCAACAAGCAGAAUAGAAUAAAACAUGUAUUUGAAGCAAAAGGAAUAGCGUUUGAAGAAAUAGAUUUGUGUAAUAACCAAGAUGGGCGGGACCACAUGCGAGAAAAGGCGGGCAUCGACGAUCUACUUCCGCCCGCCAUAUUUAACGACGAUACAUAUUGUGGGAAUUUCCAAGAGUUUGAGGACGCGGUAGAGGACAAUCUGUUAAAGGAAUUUCUUAAGUUACAAUGAUGUUAUUGUUUUAUUGCUCAGUCCUUUCUUAAAUAUGGUGCUUG